CUUGGAGGCGGGGAAAUUGUUGUUUUAAUCCUCUGGACGACGGCAGGGAAAAAAAAAAACAAAGUGCCGUCCGGUGAUUGGAUAGUGAGCGUCUUCUUACCUGCGUGGGCAUUGGCUGCGGUGCGGAGAUGGACACGCUCGUUUCCCCGCCCUUUCGCCGGAGUGUUCGAGGCGUCGCGUGAGCCGAGAGACGGGCCGCCACCGACCCCGACCCCGCCGCCGCCGCCGCCGCCAUGAAUAUUCGCAAUGCACGGGUUCGAGUCCCGGGGACCGCCGGCGGGAGGACCGGGCUGGUGGGCAGGGAGCCCGAGGACUUGAUGAACAUGCAGCACUGUAAUCUUCUGUGCCUGCCGGAAAACUACCAGAUGAAAUACUACUUCUAUCACGGACUCUCUUGGCCACAGCUCUCCUACAUCGCAGAGGAUGAGAACGGCAAGAUUGUGGGCUAUGUGCUGGCUAAAAUGGAGGAAGACCCCGAUGAUGUGCCCCACGGACAUAUCACAUCCCUGGCGGUCAAACGCUCCCACCGUCGCCUGGGACUGGCUCAGAAGCUGAUGGACCAGGCCUCGCGGGCCAUGAUUGAGAACUUCAAUGCCAAGUACGUCUCCUUGCACGUGCGUAAGAGUAACCGGGCAGCUUUGCACCUUUAUUCCAACACCCUCAAUUUCCAGAUCAGCGAAGUGGAGCCAAAAUACUACGCCGAUGGGGAGGAUGCUUACGCUAUGAAGCGUGACUUGACGCAGAUGGCCGAGGAGGUGAGCGCAGACUCUGUUGAUGCCCCCCGGGAUCAGCACGCAUCUUCUUGGCAGGGGGAGUCAGAAGGCAAAGUAACUGGACACCUGCGAAAGCAAAUGGAGCUGAAGGAGAAGAGCAAACAUUCCAUGCUGGGCUCCAUCGAGAACAAGGGCAGCGACCACAAGAAUCAGCACGCUAGCGAAUGCUGCCGGGACGAGAAAUGCCCGGGCGCUGUGGUGGUGGGCGGGCCCGGGGCGGAGGACAGCGGGGACAGCAAAGACGUCAGUGAAGUCAGCGAGGCCACGGAAAGCACGGACGUCAAGGACAGCUCGGAGGCCUCUGAUUCUGCCUCAUAGCCGGGCAUGCCAGAGGAAGGGUCCCGGGUCCCGGAAAGGGGGGUCAUUUUGUGCAUUUGGCUAGCUGGGUGGCACCCUGACAGAUGGAUGGGAAAUAAAGCUUACAGAACCAGAAA